AUGUUAUCACUUCAUGCGAUUCAUUUUGCCGAUAUUGGCUUUAUGUACCCUCCAAACGUUGACUGUGUUCGUGUAAUUCAUUCUCGGCCACAGCACGAUGUCAUAGUUAAAUUUCAUCAUGUAUUCCAUAUUGAAUCAACAUACGACAAAAUAGAAGCAGGAGAAGAGUGCCCUAAUGAUUUUAUUGAAUUUCGUGAUGGUCGCUACGGGUUCUCUCCACUUAUUGGUCGCUUUUGUGGUGACCGAAUGCCAAAGAGAGAAAUAAGAGCAGUUUCGGGUUUUCUUUGGAUUCGGUUUCGAUCGGAUGCAAUGUUAGAAUAUCAAGGAUUUUCAGCUGAAUAUGCAAUCGUUCCAAGUAAAACUGGACGAUUUAACAAUCAUGAAUGUCUGCUUGAAUAUCUCAAUGGUUUAGACGGAUUCAUUCGAACGAAAGAUUUGAUUGCAAAUCUUCCACGAAAUGCAUCUGGAACUCUAGAUUGUGUUUGGCGUCUCGCAGUUCCAUCCAAUUUUAGAAUCGCGUUUUAUGUAAAAGAAUUCGCUUUGAAAGCUCCAAACCAAUGUGCUUAUAAUUUCGUUGAAGUAUAUUCUGGUGACACUUCAGAUAAGCCUCUUAGAAGAUUUUGCGGAUUGACAGCGAAUGACGUCUUCUCACCUUCGAACGAAAUGUUCGUGCGAUUCUAUUUAUCGGAUGUUCGAAGUCUCAACACAACUUCCAUAUCAGCACUUUUCUCAUCAUACACAAGAAUGAAAAAUUGCACACAAGAAGGCCUAUUUGCGUGUGGAGAUGAGAAUUGUGUUCCCAACUCCUUGGCUUGUAAUGGUCGUCCGAAUUGUCCAUAUGGACGAGAUGAGCGAGUUUGUUCAGUUGGCCAGGACACAAUAUUCAACUUUUUGGCAAGUGGAUUCGUCCCUCUCGUCUCUAUUAUUUUUAUUGUUCUAAUCGUAAUCUCACUGAUUUGUUUCUACACGAUUCGGAAAAAUCAUUGCGCUCUUCCACCUCUCUAA